CUCUGCGCAAUCCGGCUCUCCCUCGGAACCAGUGCGGGAGGGUAUGGUCUGAUGGUGCUAGCUUGUGGUCCAGUCCCAGCCCGCACAGGUGGCUCGCCCCUCCCCUGGGCAGGUACGCACUGCUGGGGCGCUGGCUCGUGUGGGCGGCUCUGCGCCCUCCUCCCGGGCUUAUAUGUGGCCUCACUUGGACACCCGGGCAUGGAGCACGCCGCUCGACCUCAACGAUGGGCUGGGACGAGCUGCGCCUGCUGGACGCUCUCGCUUACCUAGAGGGUUUCAUGGCCUUGGUGACCUUCGUGGCUCUCAGUUCGGUGGGCUCUGCCUACGGCCGCUACUCGUCGCAGUUUCCCGGCCUCCAAGUGCCGGCGCGACCCGCCUGGUUCCUGCAGGAGCUGCCCUCGAUGGCUUGGCCGCUCUAUGAGUGCGCCCGCCCUGCAGCCGCGCGCCUGGGCAUCCUCCCCAACCGGGUCCUGCUGGCCAUGUUUCUGAUCCACUACGUGCAAAGGACGCUGGUGUUCCCGGCCCUGAUCCGAGGAGGGAAAGCCACACCGUUCUUUUCCUUUGCCGCCGCAGUCCUCUUCUGCACCGUGAACGGGUACAUGCAGAGUAGGUACUUGAGCCAGUUUGCCGUGUAUGCUGAAGACUGGGUGGCCCGCCCCUGCUUCCUGACUGGUUUUGCCUUGUGGUUAAUUGGCAUGGUGAUAAAUGUCCAUUCAGACCACAUCCUGAGGAAUCUGAGAAAACCAGGGGAAACUGGAUACAAAAUACCCAGGGGAGGCCUGUUUGAGUACGUAUCUGCAGCCAACUACUUGGGGGAGAUCAUGGAGUGGUGUGGCUUUGCGCUGGCCAGCUGGUCCCUCCAGGCCACAGUGUUCGCUGUGUUCACAUUCAGCACGUUGUUCACCAGGGCGAGGCAGCAUCACCAGUGGUACCAUGAGAAGUUUGAAGAUUACCCCAAAUCAAGGAAAAUACUAAUUCCCUUUGUGCUUUAGUGCUGCCAGUGGCACUGACUUUGAAGAGCUCCUUCCUGGGGACAUCUCUCGGGCACUUAGACAAGAAUGUUUCCCCUAAUUCUCCUGCAGCUCCUUUGUUUUCAAGAAGGGCUGGAGGGGUUUGUAUCCCCUGGUAAGGGAGUAAGCCAAUCAUGAACUCAUCCGCCGUGUGCUGUCAGGUGCUCUGCUGUCUCACAGGUCAGGAAUGGGGAGCACUGGGUCAUUGCAGCUCAGCUGUCUUUGGCUUCAAACAUGCCUCUUUGGGGUUCUGGUUUUGUUUGUUUGUGUGUUUAGAUUAUUUUUGUUUUGGGUUUUGUUUUGUUCUGUUGCUUUUUUCCAGACAGGGUUUCACUGUGUAGCCCUGGCUGUUCUGGAACUCGCUCUGUAAACAA